GUUCGUCCUCCGCCGCACGACACCCUCGCAACCCCUGACUAUCUGAGUAUCUCCACUCCGGCUCCCAGACCGGGCUCUCUAGGCUGGAUUUGGAAAAUGUGUGCUGGUGCCUAUUUGAGGCCUGUCUAUAAAUAGUGUCCACCAUGGUGUGCUAAUAUCUGAGUGACCAUUGCAGCGCUCGCUCUAAAGGACACUCGCCACUCAUGAAUGCAGCUGACCCUAAACCCAGGAAUACAGCUUCUCCGAGACAGAUCUUUCAGGAGAAUAAAACAAAUUGCAAGAAGCACCCACGUUUUGUUUCUUUUGGGAAAACAGAUCCGUGUGAGUAACUGUUCGCUGGGGAAAAAAUGAGUUCCAGGAGGCCCAUGAUCCGCUCCUAUUCAGGUAAUGGGAGAUCGGGCUUUCAGAACGGAGAGGAGGUCACGGCGCAGGGCAGCCGAGCCGACGGCCGAGGUUACCUGCACAGUGUCCGGCCUGAGAACAGUCUAUGUUUCAGGAGUACACUCUGCAGUGUGAUGGCACAGUUAACAGAGGAGACCCAACCAUCAUUUGAGACCACUUUAAAAUCCAAGGCAGUAUCUGAAUCCUGCAAUGUGAAGUUCACCUGUGUGGUUACAGGCUACCCAGUACCUGAGUUGACCUGGUAUAAAGAUGACAUGGAGAUGGAUCGAUACUGUGGUCUUCCAAAAUAUGAAAUAUUUCGCAAUGGGAAAACUCAUACACUCCAUAUUUACAACUGUACUUUGGAGGAUGCAGCCAUCUACCAGGCUUCAGCCAGGAAUAGUAAAGGAAUCGUAACCUGCUCUGGGGUCCUGGAAGUGGGCACAAUGAAUGAGUAUCAGAUCCACCAAAGGUUCUUUGCCAAACUGAAACAGAAGGCUCAGAACAAGAAGAAAGAGCUGGAGGAAAGUCGGCAGCAAAGUAAGGACAAUGUGCAGAGCCCUAUAAGCCUGGAACCCUCACAGAGGAAGCUCUUGUCUCCUGGUGAGACCUCUGGUUUAGUGGUGGAUAGAGAUGGUUUGCUUAAGGCACAGGACAAGGAAACUGUGGCUGAAGCUGGGAUUACUGAGGGAGCUCUGGAGAGCACAGAGCCCCCUGAAGGUACUACAGAGCUACCUAAUGGGUUCCCGGUCAUAAAUGAGAAUGCCAAACCGCCACUUACAUACAUCUUUGAGACAGUGGAGGUAGUGACCACCAGGCAAACAAACAAGGGAUCGCAGUGCAAAAAGAAGAUAAAAAUCUCAAAUGGAGAGGUGAGUGAAAAAGGCGGCAUGUCUGAAGAUUCUGGAAAUGUGAAGGAAGUAAGCGAGGGGGACGUAAGUCUGACCACUGAGGAAAAGGAGGACUCUAUAGAGAAGGAGAUGAAGGUUGGCUCUUCUCACCAUUCACCCGCAGACAAAGAAAAUCAAAAACAAAUGGAUGAGUCCGAUAAGACAACACAAUGUGACAGUGUUGCAGGGCUUGAGUCUCAGGUUGUUGCAUCAAAACAAAAGGAUUCUUCUAGCACUCAAUCACCCCUUACUUCCAUGUUUUUUUCAUUGAGGGACAUACUCUUUGGAAGCAAGAGUAAGAGCAGAAAUGAACCAGUAGAUUCCUUGGACAGAACAAGCGGUACAAAAUUGAGACAGGAUGAAAAAAAACCUCUGGCAGUCCCUUUAAAACUGUCUCAGCAAAACAAGAAAGACAAGACAGAGAAAUAUGAAAAAGCCAGAAUGGAAACAUCACGGAUGAAAACUAAUGACAAGUUGCCCUCAAAGGACAUCCAUGUGAAAAGAACAACCCCUUUGAAAGUUCACCGUGAAGAUCCUAUUAAACAAGGCAAUUUGAAUGUAGAUGGACUCAAACAAGGAAUUACAGUUAAAACUGGCACAGAGUCUGUCAGCAACUCAGCAAAUGUUAAAACUGGCGCAGAGUCUGUCAGCAACACAGCAAACAUGCCAUGUGAAACUCAUGUUGCUGCUCUGCAGCAACUGAAUGAACAGAAGGAGGUUCAGGUGCCCGUUGAGGAAACAGACCUCAUCCCAAGAUGUGCAACACCACCCCAGCUGCAAACGCCAUGUGCUGUGGAGAUGGAUAGUACUGGUGGCAAAGUCAUUGCCACCGUCUCCAGUCCUCCUAGGGUGGAUGUAUGUGCAACUCAUCUGAUUAUUCUGGAAGGACAAGACUCCAUACAUGAUACCAGCAAAAACCAUGCUAUACACAAUAAAUCCUUAUCGUCCUCCAGUGAUAUUACAAAAAGCAAACUUUCUGACCACAAGGGACCAGAAGAAAACUAUUCAAAUGCACACAAUAUAAGAGAACAAGAGAAAAAAGAUCUGCAGAACACAGAGGAGAAAGAUGAUCUGAAAGAUAACAUAAAACCACUAGAACUUACUUCUGUCUUUAUGGAGAAGAAAGAUGAAGUGAAAGAAAAGGAAAACACAGUGGGCCUAAAUCAGCAAAAUGAAACUCAGAGAAUUCUACAAAUAAAAGCAGGUGGUGAAUGUGGCAAUAUGCCAGUGAAGUCUCUCUCGUGUGUGAAAUUAAUGAAAAAGGUUCCAGAAGUGAAAAUUCUUGAAGAAGGGAUUACAGAAACCAAGGAAUUGUAUAUGGAACCACCUAACAAGGAAGGUGUUGCAAAAGGUCGUGAAACAGGGAAUAUAGAAUACACAGAAUCACACACUAAUCUCAAACCUUCCAGCAAGGAGGAUAUAGGAAAAAUUCAUGAAACAGAGAUUACAGAGCCUGCUAAAUCAAAACUACAACCACCCAAUAGGGAAUGUAGUUCAAGCAUUCUUGUAGCAGAGAUUAAAGAACCCAACGAUUCAAACUUGGAAGCAUCCAACAAGGAGGGUACUGUCAGAGGUCCCGAAGCAAGGAUUAUAGAGCAAAUUGAAUCAAAACUGGAACCUCCCAACAGGGAAUGUCAUGCAAGAGUUUGUCCACCAGGGAUUAUAGAACUCAAUGGAUCAAAUUUGGAAGAACACAAUAAGGAAGCAAUUAUAAGAGUUCCUGUAGCAGGAAUUAAAGAACCCAGUGAUUCAAACUUGGAAGCAUUCAACAAGGAAGGUACUGUAAGAGAUCCUGAAACAGGGAUUGCAGAGCAAAUUGAAUCAAAACUGGAAGCACCUAACAAGGAAUGUAUUGCAAAAGUUUGUAUACCAGGGAUUACAGAACUCAAUGAAUCAAACUUGGAACAACACAGUAAGGGAGACAUUGUAAGAGAUCCUGUAACAGAAAUUAAAGAACCCAAUGAUUCAAACUUGGAACCACCCAACAAGGAAUGUAAUACAAGAGUUUAUGAACCUGGAAUUAUAGAACUCAGUGAAUCACAAUUGGAACAAACCAAUAAGGAAGCUAUUGUAACCAGUUCUGAAGCAGUUAUUAAAGAAUCCAAUGAAUCAAACUUAGGUCUGCUCAACAAGGAAGGUAUUGUAAAAGUCUUUGAUGCUGGGAUUGCAGAGCCAAUUGACUCAAAACUGGAACCACCCAACAAGGAAUGUAGUGUAAGAGUUCCUGAAACAGGGACUACACAUUCAAUUGAAUCAAAACACAAACUACCCACUAAUGAAUGUAAUGUAAGAUUUCCUGAUUCAGAGAUUACAGAGCCAACUGAAUCAAAAGAAGAACCACCCAACAAGGAAUGUCAUGUAAGAGUUCUUGAUCUAGGGUUUUCAGAACCCAAUGAAUCAAAAUUGGAAAUAUCCGAUAACAAGGGUAUUGUGACAGUUCCUGAAGCAGGGAUUACAAAGCAAUUAAAAUCAAAUCUGGAACUUCCCACUAAGAAAUGUAUUACUCCUGAGGUAAUCGAACAUGAAAGACAUGUUUUAAAGCCACAUGAUUUUGAGAGAAAAUACAAAGAUGAUCUAGAGGCACCAGAAUAUUUAGUACAUAACACAUAUAUAUCUAAACAGUCUCAUUUAGAGGAAUCUCAGAUGUGUCCUACAGCACUCUUAGGGUCAGUGCUUUCAACUAAACAUGCAGAGCUACCUAUGGCCCCAUCUGUAGGCCCUGUUUUGAGCAAUGUCAGGGAUGAAGUUUACCUUCUAGGGAGUGAAAGUAAAAGUGAUCUUAACAGACAAAACCAAGAUAAUACGAGUACACUGGAGAAAACCAGUAGUUUUGUUACAGAAACAGGCAAUGAUUUUUUCAGUGUUCAGUCUAUACAUAUCGAAGAAAGUUACAAAGUUAAUGAGACUGAGAGUGCAGCUGACAACAAGAAGGAUGCUACCACAGUUAUACCAACACUGAAAGCAUUAACAAAUGUACCAGGCUUUGUAGCUCCUCCUAUCUCUGUUACGUUUGUAGAUAGCAACUGUGAAAAGGCGUCACAUUGUAAAGAUGAGAUAAAUGAGGUUCAGUCAUUAGUUAGUCUCCUCCGGGAAGUGAAAAAUGACCUUGACACAGAGCGACUGGGUGUCUCUUCCUCUUUAGAGGGAAAAAAAGAGAACAGUUCAUUUGCACAAUACACUGAUCAGGGUCCAGAUGCAAGACACCCAGGUGUGACUGACUGUUCUACGGUUGCUCCCCUAGGAUUCAGCACAUCUAAACAAACAAGUUCACCUCCCAUGCCUGUCAGUGCACCCAAUGAAUUUCCCAAAAAGACUAGUCCACUUGUCGGCUGCACUGAACCAGAAUGGAGCGAACAAGGGUGUAAAACUGACUGUGUCACAUUUAUUGGUCAUGUCCAAAAAGACAAAAGUGCUGCUGAAACAGUUAGUACAACAAUCCCUCAGACACCCCUGCUAAGUCCUGCAACAAUGCGACGGUUUGCAGCAAAGGGCAUUUCAUAUUUACAUUCUCCUGGCUUGGUGGCAGUUCCUACAAUUCAAAUAGAAACUGCCAUGUUUGGUGAGAAAACUGGAGAGAGGCAAAGUGGGAAAGACGGUAUGCUACCUUGUGAGAGCAGCCCCAAACUAAAGAGGGCUGACAGCUUUACCAUCAUACCUUCUGCUACCCCUGAGGAGUUGGCCUCAGGGGCUCGCCGCAAAAUUUUCAUCUCAAAAACUAAAGGAGAAGAGGCUGAAAGUACCAACCUGGGUGCCCAGACAAGGUGGGAUGACAUGGCGAGGAGGAGCAGGACUUCUCUAGAUCAAGAUGUUGCAUAUGUAUCUCCUGGGCAGUCUCGUAGGUCUACCUCCCUGGGAGCCCCCACAAGUCAGCAGACACCACCUCUAGAGAGAUGCUCCCCCAUUUUAGCUCGGAAGAAGGCUACACUGCAGGUGCCCAAAGAGUAUGAGAAAAGCGAAGAGACUGAAACCACCAGCACAGAUGAAAAACUAGCAGAGAAGAAGACAGAUCCCUUCAAAGCUCCUCAGGUUAUCCGCAAGAUCAGAGGGGAACCUUUUUCUGAUGCCACAGGCCACCUGAAACUAUGGUGCCAGUUUUUUAAUGUGCUCAGUGACUCCACCAUAAAGUGGUACAGAGAUGAUCUCAGUAUUGCUGAGAUGGAAAGAAGGUCGGGAGAUGAGAGUCAGGUAGCACUAGCCAUCGUCCAGGCAUCCAGCAGGGACUGCGGAGUUUACAGCUGUACAAUCAAGAACGAAUAUGGCAUGGACUCAACAGAUUUUCUGCUCAGUGCAGACAUACUAUCAGAGUUCAUUUUGCGAGAUGACUUGGAAGCUGGGGAGGAGAUUGAGAUGACUCCAAUGGUGUUCAGUAAGGGGCUGGCAGACUCUGGAUGCUGGGGGGAAAAGCUGUUUGGACGCAUCGUGAUUGCAGAAGUGCAUGUAGGAGAGGGUUGUGCACAUAAGGCCUGCAAAGUGAAGGUCAUCUAUGGCUUGGAGCCUGUCUUUGAAUCUGGAAGCACCUGCGUUAUCAAAGUGCGGAACCCCAUUGCUUAUGGGACCCGAGAGGAGAAUAAUCUCCUUGAGAGGAAUUUAGAAAUUACCAAGGAGGAAUGUAAAAGACAAAAUUUGAUUCGCCAGUACUGUAAUAUCUUUGCUGCUGAAGCAAGGGUGAUAGAGAAUUUUGGACUGCCACUAGAGAUUAUCCCUUUAUACUUGAUGUACCGGCCCGCGAACACUGUGCCAUAUGCCACCAUGGAAGCGGACUUGCGCGGUAUCUUCCUACGAUACUGCCUGAUAGACAGCACGGGGAGGCUCAUCAUGAGGAAUGUCUCCGAGGUGGAGCAGAAGUGCUACACCUUUCAGCACUGGAUCCACCAGUUCACCAAUGGCAACUUACUGGUCACCCAGCUGGAAGGUGUGGGUACGAAGAUAACAAAUGUAAGAAUUGCUACAAAGUCAAAAGGAUAUCAGGGGCUCUCAGACAGUGGGAAUCCGCAGGUGUUCCAGCAGUUUGCCACACAGCACCACUGCAACCAGUACUGUGGCCUCCUGGGCCUUCACUCACUGAAGACUUUGGACUCCCUCCAGCAACCCAUCAAGCCGAAAGGCUCCAGGAGCCCUUUGGCAACUCGCAAGAUGGACUCUGGUUCAGGCUCGUCUAGUCCACAGCUGCAGAAGAAAGGUGCCCUAAGCCCUCAGGCCCCUAAAAAAGUCUUGUCCAGCCCCAAGAUGGCUAAAAAGUCAGAGGCGAGUGACAGCAAGUCAACAUCAAAACACAAAACUGUGGAAGUUCCCAAAGUUGUCAGGAUGAGGUAAAAGGGGAACUAUGCAGAGCAGCUGCAUCAGCAUCUUACCUCAUUUAUCCCAGUUGUCUUUACAAACCAUUGUAUUUUUUUUCAAUUCCAGUUAUUUAGUUUGAUCUCAACUAAAAACCUGGAGGAACAGAAAGACUGAAAAAUAUAGAGUAGAAAGACAUCACUGUAUUGAGUAAAAACACUAACGAUAAAAAUAUUAUAAAUAAAUAUCAAAUCAAUAUUUAAUGACCACACAACAAUAUUUAUUUGCUUCUUAAGUAUUCUUAUUAUGUAUAAUGUGUAUAGCUUUACAGAUUUAACGUUUGGAAGCUUACGAUUUGUAUUUCUGUACACUUUUACCGGAGCUGUUAAGACAAAAACAUUAGGCAGCCAUAAAGGGUCCUGUUCUAACAUGGUCUGAAAGCCAUAAUCAAGUUCUACCACUGUAAACCUUGCAUUACAUGUUGUGGCACUUGUGGUUAAUGGAGCCUUCAGAUUAUUAGAUAACAAGUAAAACUGGCUUGGGAUAAUGGACAGUAAGUCAGACUUUUAACCCUUGAUACUUCAGGUAGACCUUUGUAAAGGGGUGUGUAGUAAGUAUUUCCAGUGAGAACCUCACACCUGAGUGUGGUUUUAAUGUUACUUGUGAAUAAAUUGGCAGUGUUUCCUUCUUUAACGCAACAAUUCUUACACAGAGAGUUUUCUUUUGUACCGUGAUAGUUGACCUUUGUCUUUGCAUAUAUAUUCCUCUUUCUCUCGUGGUCACAGACGUGUUCUUGCACCGAAUACCAUGCUUUUCUUUCUCCAAAAAAACUCUAAAAAUUAAAAUCAAACAACCAUUCCUAGCUGCAUAUUUGUUCGUAAUUUUUGGGAGAUUUUGUCGAUCUGAUGUCUGUUUUGUUUGUGAAUUGUAACAGCUUCAUAUUCAAAAAGACAUUUUGCCCUUUGUUGCAGCAUUUAUUUAGCACGUAUAACUGAGUCACAUUUUCUGAGUGCAGUGAGCAUAGUGAUGAAUGUGAUCUAUGCUCUGUACAGUAGCAGCAGUUUUCAUAUUAGUGUACACGGUGCACAUCAUUCAGGUUAAAUGAAUUUCUGUUUGCUUUUCUCAUUGUGCGUCUUUUAAUGCAGGACUGUACUUGUUAUUUGAUUUUGGACACUGGAAGGUGCCCUUUGCUCUGGUCAGGCGUUUUCAGUACAUUGGGUGUCACCUUAGGCCUAACUGUAAUGAUGCUGGGCUUCACACUAGCCCCACCCCUGUGCUGUCACUGACUCUGAGCUGAGCACUUUCCUCUCCAUUUCACCGGAAAUGACUCAGAGUGCUGCUGACGGCUGCCCUGAUCUGUGCCCUCGCCUUGCCGCGAUGUGGGAAAUGACUUGAAGUUGCUAUGUAGCAUCACUCUGUUCUGUGAACUACAAUGAAGUGUACAUUAUCCCAUGUCCUGUAAUGGGAGUCUCUGCAAAAAAACAGUGCUACAGUAUCUGCACAUAUCCCCCAGGCUGAAAGUUACCGAAACUCCGUGCAUAUAUUUUACAUGUGCAUUUAAAAAGUUGAUGACUGAAUUAUAAAAGUCUGCAUUAUUGAUUUUGUCUCUUCACAAGCAAUUUUUAAAUCACCGGAUCUAGCUGACAUUUUGUCAGGUUGGAGGAGUAUUUGUCUCAGGGGAUACUAUAGUCAUAUACUGUACACUUUAGCUUGCUAGGCAUUGCUUAACUGCUAGCAUCUGAAAAAUGUGUUGCUGUAUAAAAAUAAUCAGUCAAAAGAGGAAUGUAAGGGUGAGUAUAAGGGCAAUUCCGUUUUGUUCAUUUUAUGUGUGUGUGAGAGGGGGUGGGGUGUGCAUUCCUAUGUGUGCAACCAAGUUUUCUGUGUGUGGGGGGUGUGCAUUCCUAUGUGUGCAACUGAGUUUUCUGUAGAUCUCACAAAAUUAUAAAACUUUUGUAAAAUAAAAAUUCA